GCCCGGAGAGGAGGGAUGUGGGGCUUUGGGGGAGGCAGGCUCUUCGGCUUCUUCUCCGCUCCCGUCCUGGUGGCCGUGGUCUGUUGCGCCCAGAGUGUGAACGAUCCUGGGAACAUGUCCUUCGUGAAAGAAACUGUGGAUAAAUUGUUGAAAGGCUACGACAUUCGCCUCAGACCGGAUUUUGGAGGCCCACCAGUGAAUGUCGGGAUGAACAUAGAUAUUGCCAGUAUCGACAUGGUCUCUGAAGUCAACAUGGAUUACACAUUAACAAUGUAUUUUCAACAAUACUGGCGAGAUAAAAGACUAGCCUAUGCUGGGAUUCCUCUCAACCUUACGCUUGAUAACAGAGUAGCAGAUCAACUGUGGGUGCCUGAUACUUACUUUCUCAAUGACAAGAAAUCGUUUGUGCAUGGUGUUACUGUUAAGAAUCGAAUGAUUCGCCUGCAUCCAGAUGGCACAGUAUUAUAUAGCCUCAGAAUCACAACUACUGCAGCUUGCAUGAUGGACUUGAGAAGAUACCCAUUAGAUGAACAAAAUUGUACACUGGAAAUAGAAAGCUAUGGAUACACAACAGAUGACAUAGAAUUUUAUUGGAGAGGUGGAGACAAUGCAGUUUCUGGAGUAGAAAGAAUUGAGCUUCCUCAAUUUUCUAUUGUGGAAUAUAAACUUGUGUCCAAAAAUGUUGUCUUUGCCACAGGUGCCUAUCCAAGACUAUCAUUGAGUUUUAAGUUGAAGAGGAAUAUUGGAUAUUUUAUUCUUCAAACCUACAUGCCCUCAAUAUUGAUUACCAUUUUAUCAUGGGUAUCAUUCUGGAUAAAUUAUGAUGCAUCAGCAGCAAGAGUGGCUCUUGGUAUUACAACUGUGCUUACUAUGACAACUAUCAAUACUCAUCUCAGAGAGACUUUGCCUAAGAUUCCAUAUGUCAAAGCCAUUGAUAUGUAUCUUAUGGGCUGCUUUGUAUUUGUCUUCUUGGCCUUACUUGAAUAUGCCUUUGUCAACUAUAUCUUCUUUGGAAAGGGCCCUCAAAGGCAGAAGAAACUUGCUGAAAAGACAGCUAAAGCAAACAAUGAUCGCUCUAUGUUUGAAAGCAACCGGGUGGAUAUGCACGGGAACAUAUUGUUAACAUCCCUUGAAAUUCACAAUGAAGUUGCAAGCAAUGAAGUUACAACAAGUGUCACCGAUCCACAGAAUUCAGCAGUAUCUUUUGAUAACUCAGGAAUCCAGUAUAGAAAGCAGAGUUCCCACCGAGAAACUCUUGGGAGACGUACAUUAGAUAGAACUGGCACUCACACUAAGAAGAGUCAUUUACGGAGAAGAUCUUCUCAGCUAAAAAUAAAAAUUCCUGAUCUAACAGAUGUGAAUGCAAUUGAUAGAUGGUCAAGGAUGGUGUUUCCUUUCACAUUUUCUCUUUUCAACUUAAUCUACUGGCUAUACUAUGUCAACUAA